UGUUUUAUGUUUUAUAGCAUUAAUAGCUGAUAAGAAGUUCCCAACUUUUAUACUGUCUGAGCGAAGGCAACAUUACAAUCAGCUCAUGAACUAAUGUUAGCAUCAUCCUAUCAUUAUCUUCUAGUACUGUUAUUACAAAUUAGAAACUCCUCCAUGUCUCUAGUAUCUAAUUUAAUGGCAGUUUGAUCUUAAGAUCCUUCCUUGCCAGCGUUUAAAAUGUUGAGUUUCUUGUUGGAGUUCUAAAUCAGUCUUGACUGCCAGCAUUGCUAUUUUCCAGGUAUUGCCAAGCCAUUGUAGGCCUGCAAGCUUCUGGUGCAGUACUUCCUUUGCAGGCUUCGCAUAUGUAGGCCAUGAAGUCUUGGUAGUUCUGAUUCAGACUAAACAAAGCAGCUUCAUUUCAGGGAAUCACAAGGCAAAGAACAACGAACAAACUAGCUCGAAUUGCAGCUGAUCGACCUCAAGAGCUUGAUUAUUGAUGAUGACCCGUGGAACAAACCGGUGAGGCAGGUUGAGGAAAUCUGGAAACCAUGGAAGGUGGAGCUGCAGAGGAACAUCCUCAGAAACCCAUUCAACAACGAGGAGGUGAAGAAGAAGAAGAAGAAGAAGAAAAGGAGAAGUCAAGUGGGUUUCUGAGGAAUUUCAUUUCUAACAUGGUGUCUGCCGAGGGAGGUGAAGAAAAGAAAGAAGAAGAUGAAGAAAAAGAAAGUAGGUUUCUGAAGAAUUUCAUCUCCAGCAUGGUCUCUGCAGAGGCAAGUGAAGAAAAGACAGAGAAAGAAGAAGAAGGAAAGAAAAGUGGGUUUCUGAAGAAUUUUAUUGCAAACAUGGCGUCUGCAGAGGGAAAUGAAGAUGGUGGGGAAGAGGAAAGGGAUAAAAGCGGCGGUUCUGAGUCGGUUGAAGAAAAGAGCGACGGCGGAAAUGGCGGCGCCGGAGGAGGUAUUAUAGACAACAUUGUCUCCCACUUGCCUGCUUCACUUCAAGGUGAUGCAGUGACCACAACAGAUGAAGCUGCAAUUCUGAUUCACUCCAUCAUCCAUGAAUGAUACUUUUUAGUUCUGUGUUGUUUUUGGUUCAUAGGCCUCUGUUUCAUGUAAAUUUAAGUUGUUUUGAUUGUUUGGGCUUAGUACUCUUCUUUUUUAAAACAGAGUACAUAAUAAAUAAAGGGACAUCUCGAUGUCUUGUGCAGGGCCAUUCAUAUGA